AUGGCUAGCUUAGCUGUUGAAGCAACAGUGACAUUGGUGGAGCUAGUCUCCUCCUUAAUUCUCAAAGAGAUCAACCAGAAAAAAGAUGUGAAGGCGGAUAUCAAUCGCAUCAUGAACACGUUGAAGACAAUGCAAGCUUUCCUGAGCGACCGAGGAGGAACUCAUGGGAACCAGCUUCUUCAAGACCAGGUAUGCCAAAUUCGAGAUUUUGCGUAUGAUGUUGAGGAUGCUUUCGAUGAGUACAUGUUUCAAGUACCAUACCAUGAGCAUACACACAAGAUCACGAAAUUUGCUCAUGGGGUUGCUCAAUUUGGCCCACGAUGGAAAGCUCUUCAUGGAAUGUCUUCCAGGUUCAAAGAAAUUAGAAACGAUAUAGAAAAUUUUAAAGAUUUUGAUAGUCUGCGUGCUGGAAAUACUAGCUCUGGAGAAGGUGGGAGCUCUGGGUUGUGGUCUGAAGAUCAUUUGGCCCACAAUUUCGAUAGUGAUAUCGGGGGUUUCGAAGGCCAUGUGGAACGCAUCCGUGAUCAGUUGCUAUCCGGAGAGCCCAGGCUUUCCACAAUUUCAAUAGUGGGUCUUCCUGGUUCGGGUAAAACGGUUCUCGCCAAGCAGGUUUAUGAGUGCAAGAGAGUUCAGGGGCAUUUCGAGUUCCGUGCUUGGGCGCAUGUCUCUCGUUCCUUAAAGCUCGAUGAGGUUUUAAGGAGCAUAUUAACGCAAUUUUUUCCUGGGAUUGGUGGGUCAGUUUUCAUAAAUGAAGUUGCCAUGAGAGAAAUUUUAAAUAAAUAUGUGCAGCAGCAACGGUUCCUUGUUGUUCUGGACGAUAUAUGGAGAAUGCAAGAUUGGGAACUGAUUGUAAAUGUAUUUCAGAAUGGUUCCAGUGGCAGUAGAAUAUUGUUCACUUCUCGCGACAGCAAUGUUGGCGCGUCUUGUGUCGAAUACCCCAUAUAUGUCCAUGAACUUAAUGGUUUACCAUGGAAAAAAGCAUCAAGCCUAUUCUGUAAGAAGGCUUUCCGGAGCUGCAACGGGAUUUGCCCCCCCGAGUUGGAGGAUUGGUCCGAGAAAAUAAUUAAGAAGUGUGAAGGGCUUCCCUUAGCAGUAAUAGCAGCAGGCAACCUCCUAUCAGGGAAGCGGCAAAUUCCAUAUGAAUGGAAGAAAUUGCACGACAGCCUUGGAGACAAUCUUCCUGUUAUGGGGAUUAUUCUAUUGCCAAGUUACGAGGACCUCCCGAGUUAUCUAAGAAGCUGCUUUUUGUACUUCAGCAUUUUUCCUGAGGACUAUUCUAUUCAACGGCAAAGAUUGAUCCGCCUAUGGAUAGCUGAAGGACUUGUGAAGGAAGCGAGGAACACAUCGCUGGAGGAAGUUGCAGAGAAUUAUCUUAAUAAGCUCGUUCAGAGGAAUCUGGUUCAUGUGACAGCGAGGGAUAUAGAUGGACGGGUGAGAAGUUGCCGUGUCCUGAAUCUUGUUCAUGACUUCAUCAUUGCCAAGGCUGUGGAAGAGAACUUUGUUAGAUCUGCAUCCAAAAGAAGCUCAUUGUCACAGGGAAGAAUCCGGCGCCUAUCUGCUCAAACAGAAAUUUGCACAAAUGUUGAACUUAGUGAAACAUUAGGUCAUGUUCGGUCCGUGUUUAUGUUUGGGAGAGGAAAGUUUUCGAACUUGGAGUUUUUCCGGUUGUUGAAGGUUUUAGAUAUGCAAGGUGCUCCGCUGGAGGAUUUCCCCAUCGAUAUUGUCAAACUUGUGCUUCUAAAGUACCUGAGUUUAAGAGAGACAAAUGUCAAGACAGUUCCCAAGUCCAUAAAGAAGCUUUCCCUCCUCGAAACCUUGGACCUCAAACAAACUAGUGUCACGUGGCUUCCAGGGAGCAUUUUUCGGCUGCACCUUUUGCGUCAUCUGCUUGUUUAUAAAUAUGACGUGAAGAACGACGUGACUUUUGAUGGUGCAAAGGGCGUAGAGAUGCACAGUGGAAGGGGGGCCUUAUCUAACAUACAGAAGUUGUCACUCGUGAAGGCUACAACAGAGCUUAUUCAGAAAUUGGAUGCUAUGAUCCAUUUGAGGAAGCUUGGACUCAUAAAUUUGAAGAGCGAGGAUGGGAGAAGAGUCUGUGGAUCCAUCCAGAAAAUGGAGCAUCUCUCAACACUUGAUCUACGAGCAGAUUCAGGGGACUAUCUAGAAUUGGAUCAUAUCCAGAUCAAGCCAGGGUUUGAGGUUCUUCAACACCUUUACUUAACAGGGCAACUGCAAAUGUUACCCAGGUGGGUUUCUUCCCUGCAGAGUCUCAUCAAAGUCGGCCUAAAGGGGUCGAGAUCACACAUCAACCCGCUUCCAGCUCUUCAGGCUUUGCCUAAUCUGAUGGAGCUCGAUAUGGUCGAUGCUUUUACAGGGCAAAAACUGGAGUUCUUGAUGAACACGUUCAGGAGACUGAAGAUACUUCAGAUUGAAAAAUUCCGUGAGCUGAGCAUGGUGGCUGUGGAGGUCGGUGCAAUGCCUGCUCUCGAAAAGUUGACGUUCUGUAAGUGCGAUAAAUUGAAUAUGCUUCCCUUGGGCAUAGACAUGCUCACUCGUCUCCAAGAACUGCUUCUGUGCGACAUGAAUGGGCAAUUCAUCGAUCGGCUCCGCAAGAACAGUGAGGAUCGCAAUUGGGUCAGCCAUGUCAGGGUCAUUCGUUCUUACACUCUAGGCCAGGGUGAGUUAUGGUUCCCCCAGAAUCUUUCUUGA